UUUCUCCAUAAGUAACUGAAGCACAGAAGUCCCCAUCAUGGAUUUUCAGCAUCGUCCUGGAGGUAAAACUGGAAGCGGAGGCGUAGCCUCUGCCUCAGAAAGUAACCGAGACCGCAGGGAGCGGCUCCGGCAACUGGCUUUGGAAACUAUCGACAUCAACAAGGACCCUUAUUUUAUGAAAAAUCACUUGGGCUCUUACGAAUGCAAGCUUUGCCUAACGCUGCACAACAACGAGGGAAGUUACUUAGCACAUACCCAGGGGAAGAAGCAUCAGACCAAUUUGGCCCGUCGAGCUGCCAAGGAAGCUAAGGAAGCCCCUGCCCAGCCUGCACCAGAAAAAGUCAAAGUGGAAGUGAAGAAAUUUGUGAAAAUUGGACGACCAGGUUAUAAAGUGACCAAACAGAGAGAUCCAGAAACAGGCCAGCAGAGCCUUCUCUUCCAGAUUGAUUAUCCGGAGAUUGCAGAAAGUAUUAUGCCUCGUCAUCGGUUCAUGUCAGCCUAUGAGCAAAGGAUUGAGCCCCCUGAUAGACGCUGGCAGUACCUUCUGAUGGCAGCAGAGCCCUAUGAAACCAUCGCUUUCAAGGUGCCAAGCAGAGAAAUCGACAAAGCGGAAGGAAAGUUUUGGACCCACUGGAACAGGGAAACCAAACAGUUCUUCCUUCAAUUCCACUUCAAGAUGGAGAAGCCCCCAGCUCCCCCAAACCUCCCUCCAGGGCCCCCAACUGUGAAGCGGCCUCCUCCACCUCCACUGAUGAACGGCUUGCCCCCAAGGCCACCUCUGCCGGACUCCAUGCCUCCUCCUCCUCCAGGAGGCAUGACUCUGCCUCCCAUGCCUCCCUCGGGACCAGUGCCACCACCUCCUGUGCCACCUCAGUUGCCACCAGCACCCGGUGUACCUCCCCCCGCUCCUCUGCCACCCAUGAUGAGGCCGCCCCUCCCCACAGAGGGGCCAGGCACCAUCCCCCCUCCACCUCCCUCCAACUGAAGCCGCUCCUGGACUCAGUCCCGCUGGACUCCUCUAGCUCCUAUCUUUUUAUAUGCAGAUCACGACUGAUUCAGAGAAAUAUUUCUGUUUUGUAUGCCCGUGACUUUGACUAAAUCCUGUAGGUUCAUUAAAAGGUUUUCAAUUUUCCUUUC